AAGAAUAAGAAGAAGAAGUGGCUGUUUCUUGAGUGAGUUGGGAUUAGGUUAGAUCAGGUUGUAAAUAGGCGACGUAAAGCAACGUGGGUACAGUUUGUAUUUCUUCGAAGUACCUUCGUGUUAUUCGCGAAUAUGGUUCGCAAAAAAAGAACAAGAAAACCUGUCGAUGUUGAGGACAUGGACAAUGUGAAUGAUAUGGAAGAUGUGGAUAUGGAUGCUGUGACAGAUUCGGAAGAGGAAUACACAGAGACUGAAAAGAAGCUGCUGGAGAAAGUGCGGAAGCCGCGCACCACCGAGAAUUUUGACAGCGACGACGAGGUUUAUGGACUGCAAGAUGACAGCGAGGAGGAGGAGGAGGAGGACAAUCAGCAAGACUCGAUGGAAUCCGACAUCGAGGGGGCACAGGAGGACGACGACAUGCCAAAUGACAGAGCUUGGGGUAGCAAAGCGAAAGCCUUUUACUCGUCGGACUUCAAAUUUACAGAUUACGCGUCGGCGCCUGAGAAAGACUUGAUCAACGCAGACCUGGAAGAGGAGGAAGGGAGAAGGUUGCAUUUGAGAUCGAUGGGACAGCAUUUGGAUCUAGAUGGCUCGAGUUUUAGUAGGAACAGAGCAGCUCCAGUUGUGGAGGGCAGCAAAGUAACUCGAGAGGACAGUGAACAGGUGUCCGAUAAGGAAUCUUUCAUGAUCUUGGUCAAUACUUUUAAAGAAUACAUGACUGAGGCGAGGGACACUUUGGCGCCCUUCCUCGAAUUGGUCAAGGACGGAACGUGUCCCGAGUGCAAGGCGGUAGGUUUUAUCAGAACCAAAUACGAGGUCAUAUUGAAUUAUUGCACGAAUAUCUCGUUUUGCCUAAUGCUGAGAACCAAAGGACUGCCAGUGAAGUCGCAUCCAGUUGUAAAGCGUUUAGAACAGUACCGUCAGCUGCUCGACAAAUUGCAAUCGGAGCAGGGAGACCUAUUGGAGCAAGUUGCAGAGAUAUUGAAGGCAGUCAAAGAAGGCAGGCCCCUUUACAGCGUAUCAGAUGGGCCUCGAAUAAAAACCAGCAAGAGGAGUCCAAGGCUCGCUUGCUUAACUAAACAGCUGGCGCGUAAAAUAGAGGCAGCGGUGCCAAAGGAACAGUCGUUAUCUGAUAGCAUGGACGAAGAAACGAGCAUUGAGGAUCUAGAUACUGCAGAGAAAUACGAUGGCGAAUCUGAGGCUGAUAAAAAAGAUAAUACAGCUCUAAAUAUAAACGAGGAGGAGGAAGCAAUCAAGAGAGCGAUAACGUACAAAAUGGCAAAGAACAGAGGUCUCACGCCUUAUCGUAAGAAGGAACUGCGUAAUCCGCGUGUGAAGCACAGAAACAAGUAUCGCAAGGCCAAGAUUCGCCGAAAGGGCGCGGUGAGAGAAGUGAGAAAGGAAUUGACUCGUUACGCAGGAGAGAUAUCGGGUAUCAAUAUAGGCGUGAAAAAGGGCAUUAAAUUAAAAUAACUAAGAUCUUGUCGAAUAUCAAUUAUGUAAAUUUUUUAAAUAUACGAAUAUGCUGUGUCUAAUUGUGCGUUGUAACUGGAUAUUAGUUUUUAAGGCCGGGAUUUAUAGUCGAAUCUCGUAUUCAAGACCGUGUCGAAUUUAUCUAAAAAUGUACAGAACAUUUCAUCGGCUAUGGAGCAUCUAAAGACGAUCUUGAGGCAGUCUUGAAUACAAGAUCUGGCUAUGAAUACUGGCCUUAUGGAUGUGCAAUUUCUGAUAUUAAUCGAUCCGGGGUCGUGAGAGGUGGGAGACUUUAAACUCCGUCUGAAAAUUAUCAGCUGCGAUCAAUUGAUAAUCGCCACAUAAUUGCAAAGCGCUCGUCGAUAUUCAGAUAAUAAAAGUGUGAAAUUAAGCGAACGGUUACGACGUAAAUACAAUAGACAAAUGACUGUAUUUUAUCAGAAAAAUAUAUGUACAGUAAGAAA